UUGGUAUGUUCUCAUUUCCAGGCUGGUGUGAGGUUUCCCUCCGCUGUCCUUCCUUCUAGCACACAAGCAACGCUCUCAGACCUACAGAGCUUCAAGGCAGCAAGGAGUUCUGCUUAUGGAAAACCCUCCACCUCGACUGCCUGGCGGAUGCUACAGCUUGCUACUUUGUCUUUUGCUGGCUAUGAUUUAAAGGCCAGAGGACCCAAAUACAGGGCUAGAAAAAGGCUUUUAAUACGUUACAUUUUGAUCAGUUGACUGUAAUCAUGGCGGCCACAGGCUACGGUUACUACCGUGUGGUCAUCUUCCUGUGCAUGUUCACUGGCUACUCACUGUAUUUCUUUAACAGGAAGACAUUCUCUUUUGUUAUGCCGUCUGUGAUGGAGGAGAUAGAACUGGACAAAGAUGACUUGGGUAUGAUCACCAGCAGUCAAACCAUGGCCUACGCCAUCAGUAAGUUCAUCAGCGGCGUGCUGUCGGAUCAGAUUAGCGCCCGCUGGCUUUUCUCCAUCGGCCUCUUCUUGGUCGGAGGCAUCAACGUGGCCUUCUCUUGGUCUUCAACUGUGUCCAUGUUCUCCCUGCUCUGGUUCAUCAACGGCCUGGGACAGGGCUGUGGGUGGCCCCCAUGUGGGAAGGUGCUUCGGAAGUGGUAUGAGCCGUCCCAGUUUGGAACAUGGUGGUCUGUACUGUCCUGCAGCAUGAACCUGGCUGGAAGUCUCGGCCCGCUCAUGGUCACGGUGCUCCUGCAGUAUUACGACUGGAGGACGAUUCUGGCCAUGUCUGGUGUGUUCUGUGCUGCUUUCUCAUUGGUUUGUCUGGUAUUCAUAAAGAAUGAGCCGAAGGACGUGGGCCUUCCCAGCAUCGAAGCUGCAGCUAAAAAGGGUGUGAAAGGAGGCAACAGUGAGAGCACUCUGAGCGAAUUUCUCCUCUCUCCCUUCCUGUGGGUCCUCUCUCUGGGCUACUUGGUUGUUUUUGGGGUGAAGACGGCAGCCACUGACUGGGGGCAGCUAUUCCUCAUGCAGGAGAAAGGCCAAACUGCUCUCAUGGGCAGCACCUACAUGAGUGCACUGGAGGUCGGGGGGUUUGUCGGCAGCCUUUCAGCAGGUUUCAUCUCGGAUAGAGCCGUAGCCCGUAAAGGCUUGAGCAUUCAUGGCAACCCUCGUCAUGGCCUGCUCAUUCUCAUGAUGGCUGGCAUGUAUGUGUCCAUGUAUCUGUUCAGAGUGACCAUCACACCUGAAGUACCAAAGGAAGCUCCUUUGUGGGUCCAGGUCAUCCAUCCGGUGUCUGUUCUACUUGGAGUCUCAGAGAAAGAGAUUUGGAUUCUCUUCCUUGGUGCCAUGUUUGGGUUUUCUUCUUAUGGACCAAUCGCCUUGUACGGAGUGAUAGCAAGCGAAAGUGCUCCUUCCAAUUUCUGUGGAACGUCUCACGCCGUCGUCGCACUGAUGGCAAACGUGGGGGCUUUCAUGGCAGGGCUUCCCUUCAGCACUGUUGCCAAGCAGCACAGCUGGGACACGGCCUUCUGGGUAGCCGAAGUCAUAAUGGGCAUCACCACCAUUGCGUUCUUCCUUGUGCGCAACAUGCGCACCAAAAUGGGACGAAUCGCAGAGAAAAUGGACUAGUGCAUAUUUUUGGGGGGGUGAACUAUUCACACAGUACAGCACAGUGAUUUAAUAGGAGCUUUAUUAUACAAACUAAUGUCAAACACAAAUUAAUCUGAAGAUCUUUCCAUUCUAAAUUUGUAGGUACUCAGGGGGGCUGUAAUUUUAUCACUUUAUAUUUGUAAUGAAAUUGUCACUUACACAGAUUUAAUCUUCACCAGCACCAGCAUGCAGUCGAUUAGUUUUAUUCACAAGCUUCUGGACAGAUCUCUGGAUGUAUGAUGCACUCUAAAGGAAGCCACUCUAGCAUGAAUGUCUUUACUGAUGUGUUGUUUUCUUUCUCAAGAUGAAUCAUUUGCGCUGUUCACUGCAUUAAUUACCUAAAGAAUGUAGCUAUACACCAUCAAAAUUUCAGUCGAAUGUUUAGAUCCAUUGUGGAGAUGAAUGUCAGAUUAAUCUGGGGCUUUCACUGAUUUAUUUGGUGAAAUGAAUGAAUAAUGUUGAACUGCAAUGAGAUUUACAAACACCAGGAAGACCAGGGCGCCUGAUCUGAAACCGACCCGUUCUAACUUGACUGAAAUAUGCAGCUUCUCAAACCUAAGGACACUGCACCACCUGUGAAGCACGGUGGUGCUAGUGUCAUUCUGUGUGUCUGUUUUACUGCCAGCAGUACUCAUGCAAUGCAAUAAGUGGAUUAGUGCUGAAACAAUUAAUCGAUUCAAUGCAUUGAAGUAAUUGUUAACUAAGUAAUUGGUCAAAUAACUAAAUGAUUAAAGCAGUAAUUAAACCAAAACUGUACUAUUUAUAUUUAUAUAUACAUGUCUAUAAAAUAUGCUAGCCAAAACUCUUCAGCUUUUAGAUUUAGCUUCACCAGGUUUAGAUUUAAUAAAGGAAUUCUGUUAUUCUUUUUAGCUAAUAAGAUGUUUAUUUUCUUAUUUAAAAAAGGAACUGAAUUAUUUGUUUAUUUAGCUCUUUUAAUGUGUUUCUAGUA